AUGACAAACACUAAUUCUGGAGAUAAUCCUAAGAAACUAGGAGUCACCCAUUCUAUCCGAGAGAAAUUACAUUUUCAAGAUGAUAGACUAUGGAAAAGAUUUUCUGCUAGAAGACUAGAAUUAAUUGAUACAUUAGAUUUAUGUUCUAAGAAAGCAAGUGAACAAGAAGAAGAAAUAAAAAAAGUGGCGCAAGCUUUAAGAUUGGAAUUCAAUUAUCAAAGUGAAUAUGAACAAGAAUUUGAUAAACUAGUACGGGCAGCAGUUCAAAGUGUUCGAAGAAAUCGAAAGAGAUCAUCUAAAUCUAAGAAAGGAUAUGAUUUUAAGAGAAUUAAAGUAGAAGAUCAGCAUGAAAGUGAAGAAGAUGAUAAUGAAACAGUUAGUGAUAAUACUUAUAGAAAGAAAUUCAUUUCUGAAAUUAGUCGGCUUAAUUCCGAUUCGAAUGAUGAUGUAUACGAUAUGAACUAUUCUCGAACUAAGAAUUUUUCAUCGGAUGAUAAGGCCAAAGCCGCUAUAGAUAGUAUGAUUAAGCCUCGUAUACAAAGUCUGCAUCCAUCAUCCAAUCAUAUUCAAACACUUGAUGCUAAUGCUGCCAAGGGGAUAAUUAUUAAUCAUAUAGAACGUUCAAAGACUUGUUCCGAGAGCGUAUCUAAGAAAUCAGAAAAUUUACAAGUAUUAGGUAAAUUAAUUAUAUCUACUUGUAUUUCAUAUAUAUUUGAAAAAUCAUUUGAGAAUGUUAAUGAAACUUCAAUUGAAUAUUUACGAAAUAAAUUAAGCGGAGAUUUAUAUUUAGCUAGAUUCUUUCGAGAUUUAGAUCCUAACACUAUAACCAGUGUGAGUGACGAAGUUGCAAUUAUAUCAUUAUAUACUUUAUUAGGAGGAGUUAUUAAAGAUUUUGGAUUUGAGAAUAUUAUGUUCCCAUUAUGUGAAAUCAUAUAUGUAUCUAUAUUACAAGAAUAUCCAUUAAUUGCUAAGAAUUCAGUUCCAUUCAAAUAUAGUGAUUAUCUUAAUAAAUCCAAUGAUUCUAAUUCAUUAAAUUCUUUGGCCACUAUAGCUACUGAGAUGCAACAAGAACAACAACAUCAGCAACAACUAUUGAUGAUAUUACUUCGAUUUAUUAAUCAAACGUUAGAAUUCACCUUCUCUAGUCGGAAUUCAGCACCCCCAAGAUUCAUAGAAAUCAUUGAGAAUGCGAGACAGGCAUUUAAUUUAAAACACGAUGUUAUAUUAGGGAUUAAGAAUCUGAAGAGUGGCAUUAUAAUUCAAAAUGAUUUUGAUUUGGAAAGAUUAUUCAAAAUGAGUUCAGAACAACAUAUUGAACUAGAGAUAUUUACGCAAAGAUCUAAGGCUAUACCAAUAUACGAGAUUACAAGUGCUAUAAUCCCCAAUAGAAAUACACCACCACCACCAGCAUCACAAACAUCAUCUAAUAAUAAUAUUAGUGGAUCAGGUACACCAGGAACUCAAGAGAAGUUUAUAUUGCCUCCACCAUUAGUUGGUAGUCAUCACCAUUUAAAUCAUGGAAUUCCUCCUCCUCCAUUAAGGGUUUCACCUGUUGGACCUAUUCAUACUCAUAGUUUUAAUUUCUUAUCGAAUGAUGAUAGAACUCCUCCACCACCACCAGUACCAUUAUUACCAAGAUUCCAACCAUUGUUGUAG